GAUGCUCAACCUAUUCAAGUAUGCUCAACCUAUUCAAGGUUUCAGGGACGCCUCGAGAAACCUGCCCGUUUCGGGCCGUACCGGGCCCAUGUUGAGCCCUCGUGCAAGGUCAAAAAGGGUCGGCGUGUAUCUUUAAGUACGGUUGUCAGGUAGCAAUUUCAGCUUCACAGAAGCGCGAUUUGUUGUUCGUCAGAUAACCAAAGCUAUCAUCAACGCUCUGCAACCGGCCUCAGAUAUCAUGGCGCCUACUCCUGGUCUCCUUUGUGUACGGUCCCGUAUUACCUCCGAAGCACUAUCCGAUGCUGUUUUCAACGACUUCUAUACGAACCAUCAUCUCCCAGACUUCAUCUCCUCCGGCGUUGCUGAUCUCGCACUUCGUUACAAGAACGCAGACUCGUCCAAAAAAUGGCAGUACUUGGCAGUCUAUCGUUUGCCGGACAUUGGCUUUCUAUCAGACCCCGAGAAGAUGGAGAAGAUCCGCAUGCAACACGAAACACUUCCGAACGGCGGAAACAUCAAGGACUAUACCGAGUUGAAUAGCAAAAUAUAUCUGCCUAUACAAUCAUUCAAGGGACAAGGUCAUAAAACGGGUAGAGCAAACGUUCUCUUCAUCGCCGAAAUCGAACCAGCUGAGAAAACAGACGAGGAAGCUUUGGGCGAUUUCUACGAAAAACAGCACUUCCAUAUGCUCAGCAUGCACCAUCAAUACCACCGCUCUAAUCGCUUUAAAACAGUGGACGGGUCCAAGCCGCGCUUUGCGGCACUCCACGAAUUCGACAACGCCGACUUGGACCAGCAUAUGCGGACCACAAUGAAUUCUACAAAGUGGUCUAAAGACAUCGAGGGCAACGCGCAGAUCUUAGAGAUAAGCUGUUGGGAACUCAUUACGGAACAGGGCAAGAUAGGCGAGAAUCUUAUAGUGAAUGACGCUUUGAGGGUUUCGUAGAAUUUCUUCGAAUGCAAACGAUACCAGAGCCGAACACCAGCACUACUGCAGCGGGUCUUGACUGUUACUGACGUAAAUGGGUACUAUGGGAACUGAAA